CACUUUAAAAAUAAACUAUAAUCUGUAAAUAAACAGUUUAAGGCCUACCUUGCUCUAGCUAGAAGAAUUCAAUUAGGGCGCCGUUACGGUUGUUGGUGCUAUUCCUACCGAAGUUAACUCGUCGAAACAUUUUUUUGGUUGUGCUGUUUUUUCCUACGAUACUAUCAGUUGUGGCUUCGUUUCAAGGCAGGUGGGAGCUGUGCAAUAACCAAAAUGGAAGAGAAGAAGUUAAAAAGAAAAAGCCCCAAGACCUCCACCAGCCAGGCAGGUCCCACUGGCAAUAGUAAGAAAAGUGCUAUGCCUGCCAGCAGAAGCACUGCCUUCACCAAUAUGGGAGCACAAACAUCAAGUCAAAAAUCAAAAUUGAAAAGGGGCAUGAGAGACAAAACAAGAUCCCAGGGUGCAGCAGGAAAAAGCACCCAGUCUGCACCGAUCCAGCACUCCUUUCUGACUGACGUGUCUGAUGUUCAAGAGAUGGAAAAGGGCUUGCUCAGUCUCCUCAACGACUUCCACUCUGGCAAACUCCAGGCCUUUGGUAAUGAGUGUUCAAUUGAUCAGAUGGAGCAUGUGCGGGAGAUGCAGGAGAAACUGGCUCGCUUGAACUUUGAUCUAUACGGGGAAGUCGAGGAAUUGCCAGAGGACCAAAGAAAGGGGGCCAGUGACUCUAAUCUGGACAAGCUGAUGUCAAAUCUUGAGGAACUCAGUUCUUCAAUACAAAAGUUAAACCUGGCUGAUAUUCAGGAAGUCCCCCGGACCUCCAGCAUCUGAACAUACAGACAUGAACUUCAUCCUGGUGGAAACACACCAGACUUCUCAGUAAUCUUAUCACAUCAGCACUAACUGAUCUGAUUAAGAGCAUGUGCAAUACGACACACUUUGUCCAGAAUUUCAGAUUAUGAAGUGGUAGCUGGAUUACAAGUUUAAAAGUUAUUGCUACUAGCUAAGUAAACUUGCUAAAUACUACUGUGUGAUUUAAAAUGUAAACAUAUUUAAACCUGUACUGUAUUUCAUUUUAUCAUAAUGCAAUGAAUUUAUCAAAACUUUCAGUGGAUUAUUAAUUUGUGUAUCCAUUACUGUAAAACAAGAUAUGUAGAAAUACUAAAAAGAAACCUCACAAGAUGGUAAUAAAGACUUCUCAUCAAAACAUUUAUGUAAGAAUUUUACAAGGAUGUUUCUUUUUAGUAUUUUCUUUUUACUCUCUUUUGCUAAGUACCUGUGCAGUGUGCCUUUAACAUGUCUGUUCUUAAUUUAUGCAUAUUGACUUCGGACAAUCUUCUGAUAUUUAUGUUUGAGUUCAUCCAAUACCCCUCCUAUGGUAACUUGGAGUGCCAAGAAUAUUAAAGUGUGUACUGUGUA